CUUCAUCCGUGUUCACUUCAAAAAAAUCAAAAUCAAAACCAGUACACAGAGAGAGAGGGGGAGAGAAAUUCUUAGUGAUUCUUCUUCUUCUUCAAAUAUCUUUGAGAAACCCUAAUUUUCAAAUCAAAUUCUGGAAAUUUCGAAAGUUUCUUCAUUUUUUUUUGGCCUGCAAAAAGAAAUUAGAUAGAGAGAAAAAGACGUUUGUGUUAGAAAAAGGGGAACCCUAAAAAAUGAAUGUAGUAGGAGGAAGACAGCAAAUGCAGAGAUCUGGUUCAUCCACAUCAAUUAAUCAUCAAAGACAAUACUCUGACAAUUUCUUAGAGACUACUUCAUCAUCAAUACCUAAUGGGAAAUGGCUUCAGACUUCUCUCAAUGAUGUUCCUUCCAUGCAGGAUUUUGGUUAUUAUGGUGGUGGUGGUGGAGGAGGAGGAGGGGGAUCGAGGGGUUAUCGGAAUGUUCAGAGGAGUUUAAAUGGUGGAGGAAAUGAGUUUUAUACAGAACCUGCAACGCCUCCAGUUUAUUCACGAUCGUCGAGUCAAAGAAAGAAUGGAGAAGAAAAUGUGUCUCCUACUGAACUUAGUCCUGGUAUAUUGGAUCUACAUUCUUUUGAUACUGAGUUACUUCCUGAGGUUCGGGGUCCUGGGGAAUAUGAUGGUUCGUCUUUUUAUCAAUCUGGACGGGACAGAAGCUAUGAAGACACUGAGCCUUAUAUUCAAGGAAACAAACAAACAUCAAGAGCUCGUGGCGCGCCCGAGAAUAAUCUUAUGAAGAGUUUUUCCGUCGAGAAAGAGAAGAACAGUUCUGUUGCAAAGAUUAAAGUAGUGGUGCGGAAAAGACCCCUCAAUAAAAAAGAAAUAGCCAAGAAAGAGGAGGACAUCAUAACAAUUGAAUCAAAUUCCAAUUAUCUUACAGUUCACGAGACUAAACUAAAGGUUGACCUAACUGAGUACAUGGAGAAACAUGAGUUUGUUUUUGACGCAGUGUUGGAUGAGGAGGUUUCAAAUGAGGAGGUGUAUCGUGAGACAGUGGAGCACAUUGUUCCAAUAAUCUUUCAACGCACCAAAGCAACUUGCUUUGCAUAUGGGCAAACAGGAAGUGGUAAGACGUUCACGAUGCAGCCACUGCCCCUUAAAGCAUCACAGGAUAUAUUGAGAUUGAUGCACCAUACUUACCGGAAUCAAGGUUUUCAGUUGCAUGUGAGUUUCUUUGAGAUAUAUGGGGGGAAGCUUUACGAUCUCCUUAAUGAGCGAAGAAAACUUUGCAUGAGGGAGGACGGAAAGCAACAAGUCUGCAUUGUAGGUUUGCAAGAGUUUAAAGUGUCAAAUGUGGAAACAAUCAGGGAGCUCAUAGAGAAAGGAAACUCCACAAGAAGUACAGGCACAACUGGGGCUAAUGAAGAGUCCUCUCGUUCACAUGCUAUUCUUCAGCUUGUUAUCAAGAGGUCAGCUGAUGGCAGUGAGACAAAGCCUCCCAGGGUCAUCGGAAAGCUUUCUUUCAUUGAUCUUGCUGGAAGUGAACGUGGUGCUGAUACUACUGAUAACGACAAACAAACAAGAAUGGAAGGCGCUGAAAUAAAUAAAAGUUUACUCGCACUGAAGGAAUGCAUUAGGGCUCUUGAUAAUGACCAAGGCCAUAUUCCUUUCAGAGGAAGCAAGUUAACUGAAGUUCUCAGAGAUUCCUUCGUUGGCAACUCACGCACUGUUAUGAUUUCCUGUAUUUCCCCGAAUUCAGGUUCAUGCGAACAUACCCUUAACACGCUAAGAUAUGCUGACAGAUGUUUGUUUACCAGGGUUAAGAGCCUCUCGAAGGGAAAUAACUCCAAGAGGGAUCCUCUGUUAGCAACGUUAAACAUCCGAGAGUCGACUACCGUGUCCAUGUCCUCUGCUUUACCACCAGUAUCCUCCACUUAUGAGAGCAACACCACUGAUUUCACUGAGGAGCCCAACAGAUUUGGAUGGUCUAAACAAUUCGAAAGAGAGACUUCUAUGUCUUAUAAUAUGGAACGCGUGCCUAGUGGAAGAGAAGAUGGUUUUGCUGCUUCUGGUGGUAGAGGUGGUGCAACUGGAGAGGAAUUUGAUUACUCUGAGGAGUUUUACGAGCAAGAGAAACCACCACGGAAGAAAAAUGGGAAAUUGGAGAGUUACCAAGCCUCAACUUUGGAGGAUAAGAUGAGGGUAGUUGAUGCCCAAACAAAAUGGAAGGACACACAGGGCAACAAUAAUAGUUCACAUCCAGAUGACGAUCUGAACGCCCUCUUGCAGGAAGAAGAAGAUUUAGUUGGUGCUCAUCGGAAACAAGUAGAGGAGACAAUGGAUAUUGUCAUGGAGGAAAUGAAGCUUUUGGUUGAAGCAGAUCAACCAGGGAACCAACUUGAUGAUUACAUCUCUAGAUUGAACACCAUUCUGACACAAAAAGCAGCUGGUAUACUACAAUUACAGACUCGUCUAGCCAAUUUUCAACGGCGUCUCAACGAGCACAAUGUUUUAGUUUCCACUGAUCAGUGAGUUCUUAGACCGGGGCUGGUUGUUGAUCUAAAACUCUGUCUGUCAUUGUGGUGUGUGUGGUUAUUACUGUACAUGAGUUUUAUUGUGCUAUUGAUUUUAAGCAUGCAAGUGGGGACGGACCUAUGCGAAGGCUAUCCCAGCCUUCCAGGCUUGUAUUUUGUUCUCAGUUCGAGUAUCAAGUUAGAAAGAAAAAAAAGAAUCGGCAAGGCCCUUACUGUGUAAUGUAAUUGCUCCGCUCAUUGUGCUAAUGAAUUUUUAAAGUUAUAUCUUCGUUAAA